AUGCCUAUUGAGGGCGGGAGCAGCGGCAGCUCUGCCUCAGCUGCUCGUCACCCCAAACAAAAGCGCAAGGCUCACAGCCUGUCUAUCCGGCGCACCAACAGUACGGAGGAGAGGCCACCUGGCAUCCACAGAGGAGACAUGCUGGACGGACAGGACUCCAAGCUGCCCCUCUCUCUACGGAACAAUCUUCUCGACCUGUUUGGCCAAAUCGAACGAGAGUUUGAAAAUCUCUACAUCGAAAACCUUGAAUUACGACGGGAAAUUGAUUCCCUGAAUGAACGUCUGACUGGCGACGGACAGAAUCUUGAGGGAGGAGAUCCCUCCAAGGGAGCCCUGAAAACAAAAGCCAGCCACAGUACCAGCCAACUGUCACAGAAACUGAAGACGACCUACAAAGCCUCUACUAGUAAGAUUGUGUCCAGCUUCAAAGCCACAACAGGGUCCCGAGCUUUGUGCCAUCUGCAGAAGGAGUACAUUGGCCACCGGGAUGGAAUUUGGGACCUCAGUGUCACCAAAAGCCAGCCAGUGGUGCUUGGAACCGCAUCAGCAGACCACUCAGCUCUGCUUUGGAGUAUAGAGACUGGAAAAUGUCUACUGAAGUAUGGUGGCCAUGUGGGGUCAGUCAACUCUAUCAAGUUCCACCCCACAGAGCAGAUGGCCCUCACUGCCUCUGGGGACCAGACGGCUCACAUCUGGCGCUACAUGGUACAGCUUCCUGCCCCGCAGCCACCACCAGAUGUCAGUGCUCCAUGUGAAGAUGACCAGGAUUCUUCAGACAGAGAGGAAGGCGAGGUGGACGGUGAAGGUCCUGGCGAGGUGCCCACCGUCCGGGUUGCUACGGCAACCCUCAAAAGUCACCAAGGUGUUGUUAUCGCUGCGGAUUGGUUGGUUGGUGGCCGACAAGUGGUGACAGCCUCUUGGGAUCGUGCUGCUAACCUUUAUGAGGUGGAGACCUCGGAACUGGUACACACUCUUACUGGCCAUGACCAGGAGUUGACCCACUGUUGCACCCACCCCACCCAGCGUUUGGUCGUCACCUCAUCCAGGGACACCACCUUCAGAUUGUGGGACUUCAGAGACCCAUCCAUCCAUUCCGUCAAUGUCUUCCAGGGACACACAGACACGGUGACAUCAGCAGUGUUCACAGUUGGGGACAAUGUGGUGUCAGGCAGUGAUGACCGCACAGUUAAGGUGUGGGAUUUGAAGAACAUGAGGUCACCAAUAGCUACUAUCCGCACAGACUCAGCAGUCAACAGGAUAAGUGUAUCUGCCAACCAGAGGAUCAUUGCCCUGCCGCACGACAAUCGACAAGUGCGUCUGUUUGACAUGAGCGGAGUGAGGCUGGCCCGACUGCCCCGCAGCAACAGAAUGGGCCACAGGCGCAUGGUGUGUUGCACAGCCUGGAAUGAGGAGAACCAAACAUGCAACCUUUUCACCUGCGGCUUCGACCGGCAGGCCAUCGGCUGGAACAUCAACAUCCCUGCUUUGCUGCAGGAGAAAUGA